GUCCUCGUACCUAUUACCUAUUAAAUAAAUUUAUCAUAUUCUCAUUGCUUUUAUGGCAUUUUAAAUAGUUAGAAAGGAAGUGGAAUAGUAUCUCCUAAUGGGAUACAUUUGUUAGUAAAACACAGUCCUAAAAUUCUAUUGAAAUGAGUGAUAACGAAAAAGAAGAGGCCGCUAAUUUGAAAGAAGAAUUUGAAUGGGUUCUUCGUGAAGAGGUUCACGCUGUAUUACAUCAGCUACAUUCGGUUCUCGUUGAAUGUGCCCAUAGGUUUCCUGUGCCUUUGUAUGGCAACGAAGGUCAAAAGCAAGACAAAUUUAUUUUAACAUCGCAACCUGAACAAUUAAAAUGUAUUGUAACACUCACUGGAGAUAGCAUAACUCAUGCAGAUAUAAGUUUUAAAGUUCUGCGACAAAUGCAUACAAUAUGUCGUACAUCUAUUAAUCAGGAUGGACCAUGGAAAUUACAACAAAUUCAAGAUGCUGCUAACCACUUACAACAGGCUUUAGGUUAUAUUGAUAAUGUUGACAAGCACUAUAUAUUCAAAUCCUCAGAAGAAGUUUUGCACAUAAUACAGUGUCUACUUGGAUCUCUACAAAGAGCCCGUACUGCCUUACUACUGCCUAAGAAAAAAGCAAUCGAUGAGCUUAUGAAAAGUAGAAAUAUGAAAGCACUAUCUCCAAAUCUUCCUGAAGACUUGGCUAUAUCAUUCUACAUACAAUCUCAUAAGUUGAUAUUUGUUGCAUACCAACUAAGUUCUGUGCAUGGAACAAUGAGGAUUGAUUCAUGUCAGGCAGACUGUGCUGUGCCAUGGUUGAGUGAUGUGUUGCAGAUGUUAACAGCUUCUCUUCAUAUGUGUCAGCAGCUUAAAGAUAAGCUUUGCGUGUUCUCCCAGUAUAAGGACUUCACGGUAGGCUCGAGAUCUGCUUCGAUGGUGUUAAACUAAAUGUCCCCAUGUUAUCAGAUUCUCAAAUGUUACUAAGCUUAUGUAACUAGCUAUAUUAUACAAUAAUUGUACAUGUAUUUAUUUAGUAAUAAUUACCAAGUCCAUUGUUGAUAUUCUUGUUGAGUAUGUUGUAACAUAAUGUAUAGUUGAUUAGUCAUAAAUUAACAUUAAUUUAUUGUAUAGGGAAUAAUCGAUUGAGGACAGCGUAUUAGUGGGAUUGUGAAGAAAUAUGUCACUUAGGUGACCAUCAGACACCAUCAUUGCAACCGAUGGUCAGAAAAAACAGACUAUUAUGCAUAAGAGUAGUUGAAUUUUCUUUUCUAAUUCGUUUCAUAUGAAGUAGUGACAGUAAGGUCAAUUUGAAUAAAUGCAGAAUUUUGAUUGAACUUAUUGAACAUGUCUAAAACUCUGAUCUUGUAUUAAUAUACGUAUAACGUAUGGAUUACAAUUUUAAUUCCGAGAAUCUUAAUUAUAAUGAAUAUCUCAAAUGAAAAAAAAUUAUACUUGCUUUCAUUCCGUAACAAUUUUUUUAAAGAAAACUGAAAAUAUCAAUAUGUAUUAUUAAUUUUAUUAUUUAGAAAUACAAUAUUUGUGAUACUAAUCUAUUUAUUUGUUAUCAGGAAUAAUUUGUCGAUGAAAUUGACUUGAAUAAUAAUAACGGAGAUAAA